UUAUAUGCUGUUUCCGGACGUAACAUCGACGAUGGCGCCAUAGCUGUUGCGAGUUGCGACACAAUAGCGUGACAAGUCAUGUCAUUUUUGCCCAUGAUACAUGAAAAAAUCCAAUGGCAGAUUCUUUUUUCGGGUUCGAUACUUCGUCAUCGAACUUAAAUGACGACUGUGGUGCAGAACCUUCGGAGGAGGAGUAUGAUGCUCUUAACAAUGAGACCUUUGGACAUGAUGAUGAUCUCGAUUGGGAGGUGGAACAUGAGCAACACGCAAACCAGGUGGAGAGCAGUAGGCGUCAAAAUGCUAUGGAUGAGGCUGAUUCAAGACUCGAAGCAUCAUUAUCUCAGCUAGUGUUGGAUGAUGGUGAUGUGCAGCCAAGAACAUCUCUUGGCUCCAGUGUGUGGAGACAUGACUUCUUUCCUACACCACCUGUGGCUGCGGCUCCACCUCUUAAGAAUGUUUGUACAGUGGAGGAACUGGAAAGGCAAUUGCGACAAAAUCAACCGCCUCAAAAUUACAACCAAAAUUACUUUCAGCCAAGGUUUCCACCGGUUAUUUUACAAAGACCACCCGGACUACAAGCACCGGUUUCAUUACCUUUCGCGCCACAACAACCAAUUGGUCAUAAUCUGAACCAAAUGAAUAAAGCUAUGGGUCAAAAUCUACCCAACAACCAGCUAAUGAACCAUUUACCACAAAACAUGAAUUUGGGACAGAGCAAGUUGAACCAAUUUCUGCAAAACAACCAAUUUCAAAAUGUGGGACAUGGUAUCAUUAACCAAAUGCCACAAAAUAUGAACCAGAUGGGUCAGAAUGUCAACCAGAUGGGUCAGAAUGUAAACCAGAUGGGUCAGAAUGUCAACCAGAUGAGUCAGAAUGCCAACCAGAUGGGUCAGAAUGCCAACCAAAUGGGACAAAUGCAUUUAAACCAAUUUCCAAAUUUAAAUCAAAAUCAGAUGCCACAAAAUUUUAAUCAAAUGGGACAAAUGAAUCACAUAGGACAAAACCAAAAUUUGAAUCAAAUACAUAAUGUCCCUAUGAACCAAAAUUCUAAUCAAAAUAAUCAGAUGGGUCCGAACUCCCAUCAAAUGGGUCAAAACUCCCAUCAGAUGGGUCAAAAUGCCAAUCAGAUGAUGCCAAAUGGGAAUUUUGGCGGAAAUUUUCACAAUAUGAUGGGAAACCCAAGAAUGAUGGGACCACCUCCCGGUAUGGGAAUGCCGAGGCAGAAUUUUAACUCAAACGCUAAUCAAUUUAAUCAGAAUUUUCGGGCCCCACCACCAAAACCCGAACAGAUAAAAGCUAAACAAAACCAAUCCCAAUCACCGAAAAAGCGUCCGGAACCAAAAAUUAAAAGUCAAGUUUACAAUAAUUCCCAAAAGCUGACGUCACAGAAUUUGGUUGAAAUGAUUCAAAAUACGCAUCCGAUGUUGAUGUAUAACAGUUUUCACAACGCGAGCCAUCAUCCAAUGCUGGGAAGGAAUUUUAACAACAUAAUCCACCCGAUGUUGGGACAGCGGAAUGGUGGAUAUAACCUCAGCCAAGACUCCACCAGCGACGACGGAAGUACGUCCAGCGAUGUGGACGAAUACGCGGGCUUGAUGACGCAACGCGAGAAACAAUGGCUCAUUAAUAUACAAAUGUUGCAACUUAAUACGGGAACACCCUAUAUACACGACUUUUAUUAUACGGUGUUCUUAGAGAGAAAAGCGAACAAAGAGAAAGCCGGUAUCAAGGAAGCGCACAAGGCCAACCAACAGAACCAUCCAUUCUAUAGUGGAGGUGUUAAACAAGAAGACAACCAUAGACACAGAGAGAGACACAACUCACACAGACACAACUCGACAAGUGAAGACCAGACAAGGACAUAUGUGCCGCUGCAGUUUGAGAACUCUUUGGGGAAACUACAGUGCGGCAGUGUAACAGCCCCACGUAAGAUCAUCGACGUCGAGGUAGUGGGUUCGGAACCAGCUGGGUCACGAUUGUCACGAGCACCCAGUGUUGCUAGCUCCACUCAUCCGUCUGAGAUACCUCGUGAGAUGAAAAGAACGAAACAGCUUCUAUUGGACAUCGAAGCUUUAUACCUUAUUUUGUUGAGGCUGGAGGAACUGAAUGAUCCGUUGGCGAUAUCUAAUGCCCUCAUAUUAAAGGAAAGAGAAGAGAAGCAGAAGCAACUAGAAGCAGCGCAGAAAGAGUCUGAAGUGCAGGAGGAUGAUUCGAAUGUAUUCUUAAAGAAUAUAGAGUCGGUGCAACGAAGGCCUAAACAGGACAGUCCUAAGAGUGAUUGUGUGGAUAAAAGACAGGUAGUGAAUCUGGCGAUAAAUCAGAAGCCAGUUCCCGUGAAGAAUCUGUUGGAUGAGGACAGAGAUGAAUUACUCAGCAAAAUGUUCACCGGGUUAUUGUACGGAGACAGACUGUCUCAGAUGUUGACUGUGAGAAAGGGACGGGUUCUUGUCACCCGUUUCAUCACACGGGUACCGGCGACACAUUCGCGACUUCGCUUCCUCUGGUGCCGUAUGUUACGCGCUCUGCCUUCCACAAGAUGCAGGUUCGACUCCCGGGUGGCUGAAUUGUCGGAACAUUAUCGCAAAUACAUACAAAACAGUUCAGCAUGGAUAGCAGUGUUGGAGUGUUGUGGGAUUAUCGCUGAAACUCUGGAUCCCGCUAGGACCCCGUAUGCGCUUACUAAUCCUUUAACUCUGAGCUGCGUUUGCGCAUUAGCCGAAAAGGCAAUGGUCCUCUCGAACACGCCAGAAGCGACAUCCAGCGAACGGCAGUGGUUCAAAUUUCUCAAAACUGUCGCGAGAGCGCUCAAAAAUACAACUUUGAAUGUGGCAAAACCGGUUUCGCCACUGUCAGAGACCAAGCUGCUGCAUCAUAUCAAGCAGCUGGAAUCCAGAAGUACCAUAGAGAUACUCCAAAGAGGUAAAAGGGCGUCCGAUUUCGCGGAUUUGACGAAAAAUGACGUUUCCGAGCUUUUAAUAAGGUUUUUGUGCUAGGCGUAUAAAAUGGCGGUAUUUUCAUACUAUUUCCAUUUUGAAUGUUUGAGGUUCAAAUUUCGAUGAAACGUUUGGCAGAAUUUGGAGAAGAAUGAAUUGUAAAAUGCUUGACGAAAUCGUAUUGUCUCACUCUAACACUUAUAUUUGCUAUUGUUGUGAGUGGGACAGCAUUACACCGUUUAUACUAAAUCCACCACGCUAUUUCCAAUAUUCGGUACCCAAAAGGCUAUGUUUACACGUAUGGCGUAUACGUAAAUAGCUGACACAAAAUCUCCUAUAGAAACUUCAUAAUACAUAUGUAUUAUAAACCGCGACACAAAAAUGUGUAAUGGAACCCGCAAACGGUUAAAAUAUACCCCAAGUUAAAUCAUAUGUCAAUAAUGACAGACGUCAUUCUGGAAAAUAACAAGUUUCUUUGUCAAUGUCAUGUCAUAAAAUUCAAAACCCUUUUAAAGCCAGCUAAAGAGUUCAAAGUUCAUUAAAAUUUUCUCAAAAAUUAGUUUUUGACAGACAGUUUUUUACAAUACAGUUUUGACGUCUCUUUCUGUCAUAAUAUUUACGCUUUGAUGGAAAGAGACAAGAUUAUUUCAGAUAACUUCUAACGAAACUCUUCUGUCUCUUUUCAUUACAGCUUAUUUGAUAGAGACGGAAGAGUGUUUAGUUUUUUUAUAUUAUUAUAAUCGCGUGGUGGAUUAAACGGACUCCGAACUAAGAUAGGUGGAAUUGGGCAAGCUUUAGCACAAAUAUUCGAUUUAAAUUAUUUUUAUUGCUUGUAAAUUACGCGAAAUUGUAAAUAUGCUCGGUUCCACAUUUGCCCGAUGUCUCUCUCGUUUAUUAGGGUUUAGAGAGGGAGGGAUAUAUUGUCGUUCUCAUAUUAGUUUGGAAGAAUGACAGGUGCGGUCACACUGGAUUUUAUUAUUGGAAAUAAACGGUUUUUACAUUUUUGCCCAAAAUUUAAAUUUGAGGGUACUUUAUUCAGUGUGGUCACACCGAAACGCUUUUUUAAUAAUGGCAAUUUGAAUUUUAACGGUGUUGACAGUUUAUCAUGAGCAAUUGCAACCGCAAAUCACAAAACGUUAGAAUGGAACAUCACUUAGGCCUAUCACUGGCAACACCGAAUAGUGAUGCGGCGAUAAGUCCGUCGAUUUUAUCGAUAGAUUUAUAAUUUAUUUUAAUCCAUUUAUUUAUGUAAAUAUUAAGAAAAUAAAUUUUACCCCUAGAUUUAGUUAGCUUAUGUUACGAAGUAAACAAAUAUGAAAAUUCGCUUUUUUAUUAGUGUAAUAAAUCCAUUGAAUUUUUGAAACAUGGAACAAUAAUAUGUUUAAGGUCCAUAAAAAAUUCAUGGAAACAAAAAAAACCGGUGGAUUGACCUUUUCGCUUUUCUAGACUGUGAUCGAUAGCUUUUUUUACAGAAUCGAUAUUUCUUAGAUUUUAAUUUGUUAUAUAAGCGCAUGGUAUAAUAUUAAAUGGUCUGACGCUCUCUAUUUAACUAAAAUUGGACUGUGUAUAGCAGAUUUGUCAA